AUGUUCAAGGUGUCUGAGGAUACACUCCCGAACUGUGUGGCCGAGUUUGCGCGGUUUACCAAUCGGUUUACUUUGGUGACCUUCGACGCAACCGUGUGGCCCAGCAAUGCCUUGUUCAUGUCCAAGUGCCUUGAAGUGUUUUCCCAGUCUGUUUCUAUGACAACCUUGUCGAUGGGGCUGGUCCUCCUUCCAGUUCUUCACGCUCAAACAACUCCCGCAGCCCUUGUGAAACACACAAGAGCUAUGACGGAUUUCUUCAUGAAGUCGGGCCUGGACGUGACCCAGCAGAUCACCGUCAGCUAUGACAAACAAUCCAGCAUGGCCAACGAUAAGAGAAAGGCUUAUCAAACGGCGAUGCUUGUCACUACGGCAUCAAAUCAAGAUGACAACCCAUGGACCGCUUGCAAAGUCUUCAAAUCGGGAACAUUGGGGCCGAUUCCCCUCAUCAAAAUCGCUGACAUGGCCGGGUACGACAGUGACAAUCGCCCGGGUGCUGCUGCGCGAGUGGAGCAGAAAGGCGUUCCCGCCUUCAAGCAGGUGUUGAAGGAGAUGUUCAUGGGGAUGGAUUUCCGCCAGGAGGAUCUGGUCCUUGUGUUCGAUGUGCUUCCGAACAAGCAUGCAGAGCUAUGCCGUGCUAUCACCCAGAAAGUACUGCACGAAUCUUCAGCGGCGCCUCGAUUGGUGUACUUCGGGGUUCUCAGGGACCACAAGGAAACCGUCGCAGAUGUUGAGAACAUGGUCUAUUCUCAUUGGGAUGGGCUGGCUGAUAGCCCUCCGAAGCAAAGGCCGCAGGAAGCGAAGCCCGAUCCGAUUUUGAACCUUUUGACGUGGAGUGGCCAGAGUUGUGGUUUUCCUUCUUCUUUGCUGAACAAGUUUGCCACAGGGACCACGCAUCAUGCUGCUAUGCUCGCUUUGAAGGAGAAAGUCCAGGCAACUUUCCCACAGAACUUUGCUGGCGAGGGCUCAGCAGCAGGUGGCACCACGUCUACCACGGUGCGCGCAGCUGGGCGGCCGGAUUUCUCCAUCGAAGGGGGGAAAAAGCCGGUGGACAUUUGCAGACAGGUGCGGCUGGAUGCUUUGCCUGCUGAUUCAUUCAACUUUCCCAAGCUGGCUUCCUGUGACGGCGUGAAGGGCAAGCCUGCAGUGUUUAUCACGAAGUCGCAUGAAGUAUAUCUAGGGAAUUCAACUGCAGAGGAACUCAUCGUCGAAGGGGAGGUCUUUGGUUUCAACCGUGGUGUUUUCGAGGACAAGCUGAUCACAGGCGACCCAAACGCAGAGCUGACCUUGAUGCCGUGGCGCUUGAGUUCAGACUUGCAGCUUGUGAUGCACAACAAGAACCUCAUGAGCCUAGCUGACUUUGUGCAUUUCAUUUGCACCACGCACGGAGUCGCUGCGUUCGAUUUGCUGGACCACACCAUUACCCAGAAACAACACCCUCCAGCCGCGGAUGGAGGUGAUCCUGUCCCAGUCCCUUACCGAUACACACUUUCACCAGCGCCGAGCGGCAAGUGCAAUUCGUUUCGCCCAGCAGAGCUCAAAGAUUCUGAUACUGUGAGGCCAUGA